UGGUUAGCUUAUGCAUGUUUGGUUUAACUUUCAACAGGGAAAAAAAAGGCAGUGUUUUUUUGGCCUGUUUCUACAAGAAAAAGCUAAAGAAGCAUGCAUUAAGAAAUGCAGGGACUACCCAAAAGUUGAAACACGAGGAAACGAUAAUGCAGACAUGUCUGCUGUGCUACCAAGAAUUGACUGAUAAGUUUUUUGGGCCCAAACCAAAAUUAAGUUGAAGCAUUGUAUAUUUGGGCUUUCCAGAAUGUCCAAGUUCAAAUUAUUGCCGUCCAAUUCCAAGGUCGAAACAAAAGAGAGAUGCCAGUUAGAGGUGAUGGCCGUCCAAUGAGGUAAAUGAGAGGCCGUACAGUCCAAGCUCCAAAGAUAUUACCGUCUGCUGAUUACUUAGUUUGUAACCCUUUGCUUCGUCGCGGAGCUUGUGGCUCUUUGUCUCCAUCAAUUCCCAUUUUGGCUCUUUUCGCCUCCAUUCACUCUUUUUAUGGUGCUUCCUUCUUGUUGACCUUUCAUUUCUAUUUCUACACUCCACUGCUACUAGGUUGUAGCAAGUCUACUACCCUACUCUCAUAUCAUCUCCUAACUUGAUAACUGAAUGGUAAUCUCGUAGCUCCCUGUUCAUUAAAUUGUGAGGGAAGGGUGGUAGAAAAUGGCGGAUUGGGGUCCGGUGGUGAUAGCAGUGGUGCUGUUUGUGCUGUUGACGCCGGGGCUGUUGUUUCAGCUGCCUGGGAAUAGCAGAGUGGUGGAGUUUAACAACAUGCAGACCAGUGGGGUUUCCAUCUUGGUCCAUACCAUCAUUUACUUUGGCCUCGUCACCAUUUUCCUCAUUGCAAUUGGUGUUCACAUCUACACCGGCUAGGAGCAAGCUAUAAUUAUUUAUAUAUUCGAUUUUCUCAGGGAUACAUCAAUUGUUUUGUCAUUUCUGAGUUCAGUCAGUGUGUUUAAUUUCAGCAGCAUCUUUUUUUCCUCAAAUACUUUGUAUGAACUCUUCUUUAGAGUCUGUUUUAUGGAUGAUGACAAUUAUA